ACCGAAAUUUACAGCAGACUCUUCUUCUCCUAUGAAGAACAUAUUGGCUGGUUGUGUUGAAGAAAUAGAAUAUCUUUUAAGAAUUCGCCCCAAAAUCUGUUUCUCGAUUUGCUUUUGACAAACGGGUUUGUUGUACUUCUAUCAACAAAAUUGAAUUCAAAGAACAACAUUUGACAAAACGACGAUCUUUUCCCAUUCUCAAUGGCCGCUCAUGAAAGAACCCAGUCAUUGCCUUUACACUCGCCCUCAAGGGUUACCGGCAUAUGGAUCGAGAGAAAAUUUUCCAAAGAAGUUAUUUGUUGUCGUAUUAUUUAUUUAUUGUGCCAUAUUAACCACAAACCUUCCACAAACUCAAGCCAGUCCAGUACGUCGCACAACAGCGUCCGGCCAGCGAUUAAUACUACAUUCGAACGUCUAUCGCGAACGUUACCAUCAAAAUCUGCUACAAAAUCACCGACAUCGCCAGCAACAAUUGUAUCAGCAACAACGGCAAGUUUUGCAAAACUUUCAUCAAUAUCAACAGCAACAACGUGAUCAACUAUCCCAAAGACCUUCCACAUCCUAUAUAGCUCCCAUAUUGAGAAAACUACAUCGUCACCAGCAGCUGCAUCACCAUCAUCAUCUGCAUCAGCGUGCUGCUCCCACCAGAGAUAACCUAAAACAUCGAAACAUGUGCGCACAAAAUAGCAUAUUUCAGCCUCUGUACGAUCAGACACAAAGAUCGUUGAGUACCAUUAAGAAUAUGAGUGAGAAAUAUAUAAAGGGAAAAAAGGACGAAAACGGUGAAAAGAGCGGAAAGGAAAGUUUCGAAGAAAUGCUGGUAAAAUGGAGUUUACACAGAUUGUCUAUUGAUAAACCUCAAGAAGAGCAAUAUGACAAAGAAUUUCUUCAAAUCGUACACUAUAUAUACUUGAGGAUGCAUCAAUUUAAGCAAAUGGCCAAUAUAGUGCUAGAAGAGGUUCAAACCAAGAGCUCUCAACAGAGCAUUAAUGAUCAGGACGAUCUGAAAAAUAUAAAACAAUUCUUUGAGGAAUUUCAGCAGCAGAUCAGUUUCAUUAUGAACGAAACGAAUCUGAUUUUUGCAAGCGAGUCCGUGAGCUCACCAAGUUUGGAGGAGAGGACCCCGAAUUAUCGCUUGUCGGGUGACCUUACGGGUAGAGUGCGAGAUUUUCUGAUAAUUCGACAAUUCAUCAAUGAAACGGAAGAACUACUCGAAAAAAUGGAUGGCAUGUGCAAAACCAGUGAACAAAAUGGCAAUUAGAUGCAGAAGAGAGCGCAAGCAGAGCAACUCAACGAGCUUAAGAGGAUGACUAACCAAAAUUUUGAAGCAGCAAAUACAUAAAAUCUAGCAAAAAUAAUUAUAUAUGGAAAAAGGAAAACAUGCUACUGAACAAAGUCUCAAUGUAGUAAAAUAGAAAUCAUUGGAAAUUCUUUCUCUUUGUGUAUGUUUACAUAAAACAACAAAAAACUUAAAAAUUAAAACUUGAAGAAGCCCGCAAAAAAUGUACUUAAACAUAGUAGAUUGUUGAUAUUGAAAUCUUUAGCAAGUGUAUAACUGUUACUAAUUUUUGCUUAAUUUUAUGCUAUUGAAUAUGUUGUCCAUGUAAAUCUCUCAACCAAAAACCAAAACACUAAACAUAUCUCUCUUAACCAAAACUACUUUCUGACAUGGAAAGCAGCAAGAAUUUAUUGUAAUUAUUAGACAAUGGAAAAGAAACUCCCCUUUUCUUUGGCAUUACAGGUAACCUUUCAGACUUGUAUGUCUUGCAGUAUCCUUACAAAUCCCAAAAAUUAUUUGCCAUGACCACUAACAGCAUUUUCUCAUAUAUUUUAACACAUCAACUGUAUUUUUAA